CUCUCCUGGACACCCCUGGGCUGGGUUCCUGGUCUGGCUCUGCCCAGAGCCCUGGCGGGCGAGGCGCAGGCCUGGCUCCCGGCAAUGCCUGCUGCUCAGCCACGGCAUCCCUCCCAGCCGCCUGCCCCGACUACGCCAUGUCCGACUACGAGAACGAGGACGAGUGCUGGAGCGCCCUGGAGGGCUUCCGUGUGAAGCUCAUCUCCAUCAUUGACCCCGCCCGCAUCACGCCCUACCUGCGCCAGUGCAAGGUCCUGAACCCCGAUGACGAAGAGCAGGUGCUCAGCGACCCCAGCCUGGUCAUCCGCAAGCGGAAAGUGGGUGUGCUCCUGGACAUCCUGCAGCGGACUGGCCACAAGGGCUACGUGGCGUUCCUAGAGAGCCUGGAGCUCUACUACCCGCAGCUGUACAGGAAGGUCACGGGCAAAGAGCCCACCCGCGUCUUCUCCAUGAUCAUCGACGCAUCCGGGGAGUCGGGCCUGAUGCAGCUGCUGAUGAGCGAGGUGAUGAAGCUGCAGAAGAAGGUGCAGGACCUGACGGCACGGCUGGGCUCCAAGGAUGACCUCGUGAAGGAGCUGAGGGUGAAGGACAGCCUGCUGCGCCAGCACCGGGAGCGCGUGCAGAGGCUCAAGGAGGCCUGCGAGGUGGGCGGCCGCGAGCUCCAGCGCUGCAAGGACGAGAACUACGACCUGGCCCUGCGCCUGGCCCGGCAGAGCGAGGAGCGGGGCGCCGCGCUCAUGCGCAACCGCGACCUGCAGCUGGAGAUCGACAGGCUCAAGCACAGCCUCAUGAAGGCAGAGGACGAGUGCUCGGUGGAGCGCAGGCACACGCUGAAGCUCAAGCACGCCAUGGAGCAGCGGCCCAGCCACGAGCUGCUGUGGGAGCUGCAGCAGGAGAAGGCGCUGCUGCAGGCGCGGGUGCAGGAGCUGCAGGCCUCCGUCCAGGAGGGGAAGCCAGACCAGAGCAGCCCCUACAUCCAGGUGCUGGAGGAGGAUUGGCGGCAGGCGCAGAGGGACCUCCAGGAACAGACUGCCACCAUCUUCUCCCUGCGCAAGGACCUGCGCCAGGCCGAGGCCCUGCGCGCCCGGUGCACGGAGGAGAAGGAGAUGUUCGAGCUGCAGUGCCUGGCCCUGCAGAAGGACUCCAAGAUGUACAAGGACCGCAUCGAGGCCAUCCUGCAGCAGAUGGAGGAGGUCGCCAUCGAGCGGGACCAGGCCAUCGUGACGCGGGAGGAGCUGCACGCACAGCACGCCCGCAGCCUGCAGGACAAGGACGCGCUGCGGAAGCAGGUCCGCGAGCUGAGCGAGACGGCGGAUGAGCUGCAGCUGCAGCUGUUCCAGCGCGAGGGCCAGCUGCUGGCGGCCGAGGGCCGCCUCCGGUGGCAACAGCUGGACACGUCCGUCCUGAGCUCCGACCUAGAGGACGGCUCACCGAGGAACUCCCAGGAGCUCUUGCUCCCCCAGGACCUAGAGGAGGACGCCCAGCUCUCAGACAAAGGCGGCCCCGCCAUCCGGGAGAGCCCUGAGCAGCCCUUUGUGGCUCUGCAGAAGGAGCGGCUCUCACUGACCCCCAAGGACGCAGGCCUGAGCGGCGGGGAGCCCCCCGAGAAGGAGAAGGGGCGGCGGCGUCUCAAGGAGAGCUUCGAGAACUACCGGAGGAAGCGGGCCCUCAGGAAGAUGCAGCACGGCGCGAGGCAGGGGGAGGUGGACUGGGAGAAUACCACGGGCAGCGACAACACCGACACCGAGGGCUCCUAGCCGGCCCCUCCGUCCAGCCGCGCGUCGUGGGAGGAGGACACGGCGCCACCUGGGAGCUGCCUCGCUAGGCCGCCUCUUCCUUGGCGAGCACGGGCUUGUUCUAUCUCUGUGUGAUGCACGCGCGUGCUGCAGUGUUAAAAAUGCAUCCCCGUCAAUAAACGACCGCAGUCCGGA